UCCUUCGCCAAACUGGACUUCAGCACGUCUCUUGACAUAUACUUUCCCUAGAUUCAUUAACCCUUAUGUGCUUCAGCCCACACCAAUCGUCAAGAUCCUACUUUCAUCAAAAAGAUUGUCCAUCCUUCAUCACAAGAUUCGGCCAAUCCCAAGGCUGCAGUGUUCGUCUCUACUAUUUUCUCCGCGACGGUGAUCUUGACGUGAUUCUAACUCGAUGUCCACCAACAUGAGUCCUUCAACCACCUCCCUCAAAAGCAAAGGCAUUCUAAACGGCGGGAUCCUCAAGCCCAUGAAGCGUUGCCAAACACAUUCAGUUUCUCACAAUGGACGAGUCCAAAAGAACCCAAGACCAUCGUCAGCCAGCCGACAGAGCUUGACUUCAAUCAUGCCCACUCGCCGUGUCUCUCAAGGAGCCCAUCUUCGAAAGAGGUCAGAGCGACUGGCUCUGUGCCUCGCAAAGGCCGACAAUCAGAUCUUAAACAUCUCAGCUCCGGUGGGUGGACAAAGUGUACCUCCCCAAGCAAAGCCUUCUGCGCCUCUGGUGGUUCCUGGCCCAGAACCAACCUCUUCCGCCGGUCAUCCUCUCGAGUUCAUGGGUAGACCAAAGAUAUAUCGCAGUCCCGAUCUCUUCGGCGGGGACUCAAAGUACGCCGACCCCGACUUCAAGCCCAGCCUGGAUUCUCUGCGAGAUCCGCACCAGCAGCAUUUGACAUGGCCUCAGUACGCCGCGUCGCCUCAGUCUGCCCAGGUAAGGCGACAACUUCCUACUGAGUCCUUGGGAGGGCAGAUGGAAGUGAGUACAGUUGACAAAAUGGAACUGGAAAGUCAGCAAUUGAGCAUCCCACUGGAGCAAAUCCCACGGCAUCAAUACAAGGACGUUGUCAUGACAGACCCGUCGGGAUACGAUAACAAGCAGACGUCAACAGACACAAGCUGUGUUGUGCUUGCCAUGCAAGACGUAUGCGUGGAUUCAUCAACGCCGCCCGAGACGCAAGGACCCUGUCCUCCAUCCUCAACUGGGUUCGUUCGCGACGGAUGGCUAGCCAAAAGACAUGAUCAGAAACGUCUUACGUCGCGCUUACAGCGAUGGCAUCCGCAUCGCCGCCAGUCUACCCCAAAGAAGACUGAGUCGGAGUUGCUCUCCCCAAAAGUCCUGGAAGAGAUCUUCAAGCUGGAUCAAGAGCCAGAGCCAGAGUAUGCUGUAGAUAGUCAGCAAGCUACUGUUGUACAACAUGUCAAGGCAUCUGGUGAGGCCUUGCGCCAGAAUCGGCCUCGAAAGAAUGUCCGCUUCAACCUGAUCCCUGAGAUACUGGGGCCUCGACACGUCUCGAGCGAUGACGAGGACUCAGAGGUUGGCCCACUUGUCGGCGUGGAGCAAGAAGAUGUUCCAGAAAACCUGGAUGACCUCUACACCAGUCCCAUCGUGAGAACUUCCGGGGAAGACACCACCUCGAAGAAAAAUGGGGUCACGCAACAACGACAACGAGAUUCCAGCGAACCACGACAGCAAAAUAGACAGUCUCAAAGAAUCGAGGCAGCCCAGAAGGAGACACGACUGGAUGACGGGACCAUGCCCAACAAGGAGGGCGUGAAUGAGCCUCGAUCUCGUCUGGUGACAAGGGUUGGAGCCGUGAUUUCACGGUAUAUGCCUGCCUCGCUAGGCCGGUUAUGGGUUUGA